AUGCAGUUCUCAGUAAACUCCCUUGCUAUGAUACUCGCAACCGCCAUCACGACCACAGUGGCUGCGCCCACCAACAACCUCGCCCUCCGCCAAGACGACGGCGUAACCCGCUGCAAAGUCGAAGCCGAAGCCUCGCACUCCUACGGCGGCGGCGGUCCCGGCCAAGUCCCUAUCGACAGCACCAGCGGAGCAAUCUACUGCUACGACGUCAACAACAACAGAGUCUUCUACAACACCGACGCCAACGUGAACAACUUCAAUGGCGCUACCAACACCGUGUCGGGAGCAGACUGCCAUACCCAGGGCGAUGUCACGUUUCACACUGCGUAUAACACCGCCAGUAACCACUUCGAGAUUUGCACUAUUACGUACAAUGGGGCGGAUACUGAGGGUGUAGUUACUAGUGACAUUGAUUCUGGGACGGUGGUGGUGGGUAUGCUCGCUGGGAAACUCGUAGCGUAUCAGUCCGUAGCAAAGAUGAGAUGA